AUUUGUGGCAACGUUAGGUCGUUUGUUUCCUUCGCGGAGAUAGAUGGCCGCUGUUGCAACAGGGUGCUCACUUUGAACACUCUGUUGUAGCCUAUGGCUUUGACACAGCGGCGAAAAUCUUUGACAUUUUUCACAUUUUUUUGAAAAGAAGCCUGCUCGUACGCCCCUAUAAAAGCCUCGGGAGCCGUUUGCCACCCACUGUCAGACUCCUAGAAAGUCGCAGUGGGAUCCGGGAUGAAGUAAAAACAACACGGCACGAAUUACAGUUUUUUGGACAAGAUGACGGUUGAAAACGUUGCUGUUUUCCUCUCCGUAGUUGGCUCAGCCGGGAGUUGUUGGAGAUUUCACCGCAGCGUUUUCGGACCACCUCGAAGAAAACACAGCCGGGAGACUUGUUGCUUCGGCACGUUUGACGGCGCCUUUUUAAAUCGCCAUCUAAGUUUUGUGUCUCUCCCUAGUCUGCUCCAGGCUUCAGCUUGGAGAGCCCAACCGCCACGAUUGAUCCCAGCAGCUGGAGCGGCAGCGAGAGCCCUGCCGAGGACAUGGAGAGGAUGAGCGACUCGGCUGACAAGCCUGUAGACAAUGAUGCAGAGGGAGUGUGGAGCCCUGACAUUGAACAGAGCUUUCAGGAGGCCCUGGCCAUCUAUCCUCCCUGCGGUCGAAGGAAGAUCAUCCUCUCCGAUGAAGGAAAGAUGUAUGGUCGAAAUGAGCUGAUAGCCAGAUACAUCAAGCUUCGGACGGGGAAGACGAGGACCCGGAAGCAGGUGUCUAGUCACAUACAGGUCUUAGCAAGAAAGAAAGUUCGAGAAAUCCAAGCUGCCAUUAAGGUACGUCUGGCUUUGCCCAGUUGCAGGGGGCUUUUCAUUGCCAUGGUUACAGGCUCUUCCUUUGUUUUCCUCCCCUCCCCUACCCCGCAGGUGUCUAGUCACAUUCAGGUUCUUGCCAGAAGGAAAUCUCGUGAGUUUCAUUCCAAGCUAAAGGUUACAAGUAUGGACCAAGCCGUGAAGGACAAAGCCCUCCAGAGCAUGGCCUCCAUGUCCUCGGCUCAGAUAGUCUCUGCCACGGCUAUUCACAACAAGCUCGGCCUGCCAGGCAUCCCUCGUCCAGCCUUCCCUGGAGCAGGGCUGUGGCAGGGGAUGAUAUCAGCUGGUCAGCCAGGAUCCUCACAAGACAUUAAGCCUUUCACCCAGCAACCAUAUCCCAUCCAGCCUGCAGUCACAACAGCCAUAUCAAGUUAUGAGCCCACAACGGCUCCAGCGCCCACAGCACCAGCGUGGCAGGGCCGCUCCAUCGGUACAUCCAAACUCCGACUGGUGGAGUUCUCCGCUUUCCUAGAGCAACAGAGAGAUCCAGAUUCGUACAACAAGCACCUAUUUGUGCAUAUCGGGCAGACAAACCAUUCUUACAGUGAUGCCCUGCUGGAGUCGGUGGACAUUCGUCAGAUUUAUGACAAAUUUCCUGAAAAGAAAGGAGGACUGAAGGAGCUGUACGGAAAAGGCCCCCAGAAUUCCUUCUUCCUCAUAAAAUUCUGGGCUGACUUGAACUGCAACAUUCAGGAUGAUAAUGAAUCUUUCUAUGGAGUGGCGAGUCAGUACGAAAGUUCAGAGAACAUGACCAUUACAUGCUCAACAAAGGUUUGCUCCUUUGGCAAGCAGGUGGUGGAGAAAGUCGAGACGGAAUAUUCGCGGUUUGAGAAUGGACGCUUUGUCUACCGGAUAAGCCGGUCUCCCAUGUGUGAAUACAUGAUCAACUUCAUCCAUAAGCUAAAACAUUUGCCUGAGAAAUAUAUGAUGAACAGUGUGCUGGAGAACUUCACUAUCUUAUUGGUGGUGACGAAUAGGGACACCCAGGAGACGUUGCUAUGUAUGGCGUGUGUGUUUGAGGUUUCAAACAGUGAGCACGGCGCCCAGCAUCACAUCUACAGACUGGUAAAGGAAUGAAUGGCCCCCAAGUGCUCUCUCUUCUUUUCAUAGACUUAUCAACCUCAAAACAAGUGGCAGUGCCUCUACAAGAAAGUCAUACCUGCAGAUGCUCUUUGGUCAAGGUAUUGGGUGAAUUCAGUUCUGAAUCUGUUUUAAUAUAAGUGUUUGUUAUUUGACUGCAGCUGUGAAUUGCGGUACAGUUGUCUUAUGUUUAAAUAUGGGAAUUCUCAUUUUAAAUGCGUCUCUGUUGGGUAUACAUGUGGCCGUUCUUACAGAGUUUAGAUUUAUUUGGUAAAUGGAAAACUAUAUGUUGUCCUCUUAUUUGUUAUGUAGAAAAAAACGGAUGCUGGUCUUUUCUAUGGGCAGCCUGGUGUGGUCUGUGUAACAUGUUUGAGGGUGUUCUGUAUGUCUGUACUUUAUCAUUUGUGAACAUUCAUACUGUAGAUAUACAGACACGCACCCACAGCCAAUAGAUUUCCCAAAGAAACUAAUAACACUAUAAUUAUAUAUGUGUGUGUGUAUAUAUACGUGUGCACAUAUACAUAUAUAUAUUUAUAUAUACACGUAGAGCUGGAUGCAGGUAGUUGAGAAUAAAGAAAAAGGACUAUUUCUUUAAAAAAAAAAAAAAAAGAAAUAUAUAGGACAACAACUCCGCUUUCAGUCAUAUGUGUAUCCCUGUUGAAGCACUCCGAGUCUUAGCCACCAACAACAGAAUGAACACACUGUGAAAAUAUUACUUUUUUUUUGCCUGCAUCUGAUUCAUAAAUGUAGGAAGUCUUAACUCCUGUUACACAUUUCUGUGCUGCAAACGUCUUUCCUGUGCGACAGCUGAUUCUACACAGGUUAAAGUACGGCUGAAACAACUCUAAUCAGACUUAUCUGGCCCAAAAGCACUUUGUUCCCCUUUCGGUGCUUGUCCCUGUGAUGGUUACUUUUGUUCUGUUAGAUCUGUGGUUUUGGAACUACAAUUUAAAUUAUCCUGACACUACAAGUAACUUGGAGACAGCAUGCCAUGUUCAGUAUGCUGCGGCUUUGUCCCCGGGAGGUCCCCCCCCUUACACCCACCCCCACCCCCUCUGGGAUCAUGGUUUAAUAAUUCCAAGCCAGAGUGUUGCUGCCUUCUUGGUCACACUACGUUCACAUGUUUCUGUGGCCCAUUGAUCCUGAGCCUUAAACAUCUUAAAGCUGUAUGUGAGCUCCAAAAGAUGCCACUAAAACUGUGAUCUCUACCUGUGUUUGAAUUGUGCUUAAAGAAAACACACACACACACAAUACAAUCUGCCAAAGCGUAAGUGUACAGUGCCUUAGAAUAUACUGUAACAUUAUCAUUUGCUUUGUUUUACAAUCAGUUUUGUGGAUGAAACUGGCAGAAAUAACUAACCAAUGUAUUACAUGGUACAUUUUCACAUCUGAGAAAUUAUGUUUCCUAAAAUUGGUACACUCCUAGGAACACCGUUUUUGUUGAUGUUUUUAAGAGGCAGUACACUUAUAUUAAAUUAAGUUUGCAAAUUUAAGCUCAGAAACAUGUUAUUUUUCUCAAACACUGUAAUGUGUUUCAGAAAUAUCAGCCUUUUUCUAAGAGUGUAAUAUAAACACAGACUGACUGCCUUUCCUGUCGCAGAAGACCAAAAAUACAGAGAUACAGUCGAUCUUUUUGUCAUAUCGUGCGCGGUAGCAAGGAAGUGCCUUUGGUUCAAAGUUUCCAGCUUCAAAAAACAUCAAACAGAAAUUAAAAUUUAAAUGUUGCUAGACCAAAAACAGAAGAUACAUACGUGAAACCAAUCACCACAUUGCCUUUUAAAGGACUGUCACAACAGCAGGGGAAAGGUGGUUAGCGGUGAAUAAAGCAGGGAUGCACCGAUACUGUGACCAUGUACCCAUGUUUGUGAAACAGCUCAGAUACGACCGACACAUGGUGCCACUCUACAGCAAUGUAACGUAAACUGUUAAAUUGGACGAGCGGUAAUGUCAGCAGUAUGGUAUCGUUUUAGGAAAGGCAAUGACAAGAGUAAAACAGACUGUAAACUAUUCUCUGCUAAACCGUCAAGAGCAGGAACAAAAUAGUUCCUUUAAGGCAAGUCACUUGUUAAAACCUCUUAAGGAUAAACAGCUUUGAGGACAGGAUGUCAGUUGCUGCAUGAAUGUGGGGAUUAUUUCCUGCAGCAUUCCGCCGCACGAAAUUUGUCCCCUUCAUCUCCACUGAUGUUUCUACAAAUACUGUCAUUGGAUUAACCGUUUAAUAAAGAUUUGACUGAGCAGUUUUAGGGUUUGAACACUAGCUUAGCAAUAGCAGGUGCAUUCGCUGAUUUGCUUCAGAUGAGGCACAUGCUGAAAAGUUGUGCUCACGCCGUGGCAACACCAAAAACACGAUCAAGGCCACAGGUUGAUUCCCUAGCUCGCCAUGUGUCGCUCAUACCCUCCAGCCGGCUGUUAGUGAGUCUUCUGACUCAGAGGUCUUGCAGGUGUUAUAGCAGUCAGAUAUUAAAUAGCUGGAUAUUUUAAAUAUUCCACCUUAGCCUAUUUCUGCCUGGAAGGCAUUCAGGUGCAGCUUAACCAGCAUAUUAAAUGAGAAACAGCUCCAGCAAGCCAUUCUGACACACUGGAACAGUACAUAUUACAUGCUGUUAGCAUGUAGCAUGAUGCUACAGUCUCUUGUCGAGCUGAGACGAGCUCUGAGAAUAUUUUCUGUGACUUCUGACCAAAGAAACAGAUGAAGAACAAGGAUUCAGGGCAAUGACGGCAACAUUUCUUACGGCCAUACAUAAAAAAAAAACAAAAAACAACACUAAGUACUCGUACUUGAUAAAAAAAAAAGUGGUAUCCGUGCAUCCCUAAAAUAAAACACACGUUCAUUUUUAUUAUUAUAAAUUAAUUUCAGAAGCUAUGAAAGAAAAACUAUUUCUCUGCUUGAGGUCAAAGACUUCAUCUGACACCGCACAGCUGCUGACUGCACGCAGGAUGUCAACUCAAACACUGAAGCUGUCCGUUUAGUGCACACUUGCAGGUUCAAGUGUUUUUCAAAAGAGUUUUGGAAUCCAGUAUGGUUCCCUCUUUCCCAGGACCACACACUUCUACGUAGUGAAAACCAGACUUUCACGAUGUUCCCUUUAGUGAUGCAGACACAGCUGGCAUGUCAACGAGGCGUCCACAGACACACAAUCCUUAAUGAAAUACAGGAAAAGUCAAAGUUUAUAUAAUAGUUCAUUAAACAUGACAAACUAAAAUUAGAUUUAGGACAGUGGACGGGGGCACAAGGCCACCACCUCCACUGCAAGGACCGUAAUUACUCAAACAUUUACUGUUUCUUUACAAAAUUGUAAUCAUGUAGAGUAUUUUAAUCAGAGAAGCUCUAAAUAAUUGCAGACAAUGUCUCUGGUGGAAGCAGAUAAAGUUCAAUCAUUCAGUAUUUUGCCACAGUCCAGUGGACACCGUGGAGGUUUAAUAGGCUUUUUCUUAUGUUUACCCUGUGUAUGUAUCCGUUCACAUUUAUUGAUUAUGUAGUGAGAUGUUCCUGUUUUGUUGUUGUACUUGUAUACUUGGUUUUGUGAUGACAUUGUCUGUAUAUUGCAAGCCCAAUAAGAUGGUAAUGAUGUUACUGCUGCACUGCUGGUACAUUUUGACAUUUUAACACUAAAAACAGCAGGACUGAUGCCUUUAAUGGCAUGAAUGUUUGGUGGACCGUUUCACUAGGAAAUGGACACACACACUCACAGAAACAGCCACGUUGAGGAAUCAUGCUACAAACAUAUCAGCAGUUUAGCUCUUGUUAUUUUUAUUUUAUUUUUCUGAAGAGUAGGUACUGGUACCUUUCUGUUUUAUAACCAUUUCCGAUGGUGGCUUUAAAGUGAUUCUUGACAUAGCUCACACAUAACUAUCAUACACAAAUUUGGGUUUGUGUGCAGAUGUUUUUUUGUUUUGUUUUGUUUUUUUGUAAAAAGGUGCUUUGUAUAAAAGUCUAUCUUAGCUUUCCUUGGUACAGAUGUGUGAUAUCUUUUCAUAUCCAUGACACUUAAAGUGUUGGAGCAAAGGAGAGAAAAGAAGCUCGGCUAUGUUUCUGUGUUCUGCAUAUGGUCUUGUCUUUGCUCCGUAACAUUAUGAUGCCUUCUUGACAAUAGUUGAUAUUUUGUAGCUUUCUAGAUACUUUGUAUGUAUGCAAUAUUGCAGUUAAAUAAAUCCGAAAAAUAUCUCCUCA